CUCGCGAGCGCAAGAAGAGCUGGUAACGGAGGACCGAAUGCCAAUCUCAUUGAGAAAGCGCCUUCAUUGCGCGUGAGAGACGGGAGGGACAGACGUUUCUAGCGCUGCACACAUAGACAGACAAGACACAGGAAGCUCUGGGGAACUCGGGGAAAGGUGCAUUUGCAUCGCCUCAAGAGGAAGUUAAGGACAAAUCUCUCGCUAAAAUAAAUCUUAAAAGGCGCACUGGGCACGCGGGAGUCGCCUUUACGACUAACUUGUGGGAUUUAUGGGGAAUUGUUUCUGAAAGGAGACCUGGCUUCUCUCUCCACGCGUUUAGAUUUCAUUUUAAUUUCAGUUCAUCAGCUGCACUAAACAACUGCCAUCUCCCGAAUUGCCUAUUGCAGCAGCGGACUGUGCGUAAAGACAAGAGACAGCCGCCUUGUCCGCGGACGAGUCAGGCACUUGCCUUCUUCACUUGCGUUUUUGUACUCUAUUUAUUAUUUAUAUUCAAGCCUUUAUUUAUUUUGGGACUUUUUCCGUCUAUUUUGGGGCGUCGGUGGUGAUUUCUGUGGAAUAUGGUGGGGGAAAUGGAAACGAAAGAGAAGCCCAAGCCGACCCCAGAUUAUCUGAUGCAGCUCAUGAACGAUAAGAAACUGAUGAGCAGUCUGCCCAACUUCUGCGGGAUCUUCAACCACCUCGAACGGCUUCUCGACGAAGAGAUCAGCAGGGUACGAAAGGACAUGUACAAUGACACUUUAAACGGCAGCACGGAGAAGAGAUGCUCCGAGCUCCCGGACGCCGUCGGCCCCAUCGUUCAACUCCAAGAGAAACUCUAUGUGCCUGUUAAAGAAUAUCCUGACUUUAAUUUUGUGGGCCGGAUCUUGGGCCCGCGGGGGCUCACAGCCAAACAGCUGGAAGCAGAGACAGGAUGUAAGAUCAUGGUGAGAGGGAAAGGCUCCAUGAGGGACAAAAAGAAGGAGGAACAAAACCGAGGCAAACCCAACUGGGAGCAUCUGAAUGAAGACCUCCAUGUGCUCAUCACGGUGGAGGACGCCCAGAACCGGGCUGAGAUCAAGCUCAAGCGUGCAGUGGAGGAGGUUAACAAGCUACUCGUGCCUGCGGCUGAAGGCGAGGACAGUCUGAAGAAGAUGCAACUGAUGGAACUGGCCAUUCUUAACGGCACCUACAGAGACGCCAAUAUCAAAUCACCCGCCCUUGCAUUCUCUCUUGCAGCGAGCGCCCAGGCGCCACGGAUCAUCACCGGCCCAGCACCUGUCCUGCCUCCCAACGCCUUGCGCACGCCCACGCCCGCAGGGCCCACCCUCAUGCCCCUCAUCCGCCAGAUCCAGACUGUCAUGCCCAACGGCUCGGCCCACCCAGCAGCUGCCACCCUAGUGCAACCCGGUCCGGAGUCGGGCCUGAUUUACGCGACGCCCUACGAAUACCCCUACACACUGGCCCCCGCCACCUCCAUUCUGGAGUAUCCAAUCGACUCCAGCGGGGUUUUAGCAUCCUCAAAGGCCGAAGAGCUGCCCCUCUACCUGGGCUUUCAGACCUGUCACAUUCCCAUCACAGUCCAGCGCGGAGAGCCAACCGCAGGUGCGGUGACAACUAAAGUUCGAAGGCACGAAAUGCGCGUCCAUCCUUACCAAAGGAUAGUGACCGCAGACAGAGCCACUAACCCCUGACCUUCUGACCUCUUCACCCAAUGAUGACCUGCCCAUUACCUGCCUGCCGAUCACACCUCUGCCCUAAAAUGAAUGAAUGAAAGACAAAAAGAGUAUCUAAGAGCUGUCACAGGCAGUGGAUAUACAGCUUCCCUAAACCUGGGUGGCAGAUGCCCACCGCUUCAGACGGGGUGCGGACGUUCCUGCCGCUGUAGAUCUGCACUCUUUGUAAGCAAUAAGCAAUAAUGAUUUGUCCCACACCCUCUAAAUCAAAGCCAGACCUCCCAGUUUGCUGUGCGAACGCCUCCAGCUCAACCAUGGCACUGUUGAGGAAACGGACUGCCCUUCAUCGCACCCCAACCCGUCGCUCAAGUAAUCCUGCAGUUACGGUAAUGAGUCUGAAUGUAAUGCAUGACGGUGUGGAUGAUGCACCUCUUGCAUCAUCGCAACCCGGUGAACUUGUCACAGUGGGCUAUUUGAGAAGCAUUUCAGCAGUGAGUCAAAGCUGAAAAUACAUUAAAAAAAAUAAAAAUGAAUAUUUCCUUUCCGGAACAAUCCGACACUUUUCAGUGAACAAGCCUCUCUGAGGAUGUAUAAGCCAUGCUUGCCUAUCUGCUGUACAAAUGUAUGAAAUGUGUAGAUAAAUGUUAAAAGAGUGACAAAAGAGAACAUGUACAGAAACGACACUUUUAUUAUCCUCCAGAGAACUUAUAUUUUUACAACUCGCUAUUUUAUAUUGUCGAAUAUUAUGAGGCAAACAAGAGAGAGAGAGAAAAAACAAUACCGAACCCUUUAUGAAGUGAAAACAAUCCAGUUUUCUGUAAUUGGAUGUAGUGUUUAUGACCAAAACAACCCUUUCGUUGAACCGUUGGGGUUGAUAGGGAAAUAUCAUUCAAGUGCCUUAUCAUAGUUUUCAUAGUUGAUGUUCAAUAUGAAUGUCAUAAUCAGUGGCGAAUGAGCAGACCAAAAGCAUCGUAAUUUUAUGUAAAUUGUAGAGCACAUAAAGGUCUCUACAAUCUACUCAGGCUUAUGAUGGAUUUGGGAAAUGUUGUCCAUGUCAGUACACACAGCUUUCCCGUCAGGAAGCACAUAAGUUAUGUAUCACCAGCUUAUCCCUGCCUUCCAGUUUCGGCUGCAACAGCUCACCGCUCCCAGUAUUACACAGCGAUCAAAUUCAAGGCCUUUCACACCGCAUGAAUACUGUCAAACCGACUCGGGAGUCAAAGUCAAGCUGUAGCCUUCAGUCUUGACUCAUCCUUCAGAAUUGUGGGUGUUAUGCUCACAGUACUUAAAUUCAUUUGCACUUUAUGUUGAUGUUUAGCGCAUUGUAAUAUCAGUAUGGUAAGAUAGAGGAUAUAUUCAAUGCCCAAAAAAAUCUACUUUAUUUUAAUCAGUAUUUUUGU